AUGGAUUUCGAGCAAGUACUAGUCAAGGCCGGUGGGUUCGGCUUGUUCAACAAGACCGUCAUGAUGCUGGUCCUGGUGCUGAGCGGCUUCCACACGGCUCUGUACUCGCUCGGACAUUUCCUAAUUAUGGUGACGCCGUUCAGCCAGUGGUGCUUCCAAAACGGUAGCAUACCUUCGGCUGAUGAGAUAAGCCUGCUGCCCAAGGGCAAGUGCCAGGACCUCCGUGACCCUUCCAGACUACAAGACCACAACGAGACAACAUUUCAUGGCAAUCUGCAGUUCUGUCCCAGUGGAUGGCAGUACGACCGUAGCGAGUUUUUCCAGACGAUAACCAUGGAGACUGUGAGUGGCGUGUGGCGCAUACCCGAAUACCACGGACCGUCGUUUGCGGUGAUCGAGUACACGGUGGCCCACAGACGGACACUGAUUGCCUUUGUGUGGGCCACCACUUGGGGAGCAGUCGGCUGCGCAGUGCCCUGGUACGGCUACCUGACACAAAGCUGGCGGGCCCUGCUCUACGCUGCAGCAGUUUCUGACCUACUUCUGCUGCUUUGCCUAAUAUGGAUUCCCGAGUCUCCCAGCUGGCUUCUCUCGGCGGGUCGCGUUGCCGAGGCUGUCCACUUGCUACAGCGGCUCGCAUCGAGGAAUGGAAGGAAAGUCACAAGAAAACAAAUCUUGGAACUUUUGACUGGUGGCGACAAAGGCACAAUAAGAGAAAGCACGAGCCUCUACGAAAGCACUAAAGCCAUGCUGAAGCUGCCCCGGCUCCGACGAAUAACUUUGCUAAUAUACGCAGCAUGGUUCUGCAUCAGCCUCUGUUACAAUGGCUGCAUUCUUGAGCUGGGGAGGCUGGACCUCAAUAUCUACGCUACUUACUCGAUCGCGAUGGCCUUCGAGCUUCCGGUGGAUCUCUUCUGCAUCCUCACCUUGGACGUGCUCGGUCGUCGGUGGCCCAACACGGUCUUUCUGAUAAUCGGGGGCGCUGCCUGCAUCACCAUGGGCCUCGCACGUAUAGGUUCGGACGCCUGGACAAUGGCCUUGGCUGGUUUGUGCAUCACUACAAUCGCCGGUAGCUACACGAUCACUUACCAGGUGGCGUCCGAGGUCUUCCCUACCGUUGUCCGCGGGCGAGCGGUGCAGCUACAACGUCUUCUAGGGGACCUCGGAGGACUCGUGGGAAUGCAAGUGGCGGCAUUGGCCGAAUGGGAUCGGAACAUUCCUGUGACAGUGAUUGGGGCCAUCUCGUUGGUGGCCUCUGCACUGGCGUUCUUCCUUCCGGACACAGUGCACCUGGCGUUGCCACAGACGCUCGACGACGGAGAACGUCUGGCCGACGAUAGAGGCCUCUGCUUCUGCCCGUUGUCAUUGCCGAGGAGUUCGAGGAGGCGGGCCACCCAGCACAAUGGAGAACUUUGUCACCAGGAAGACGUUGUCCACGAGAACGAACACGAAAGCGUGGCAUAG